AUGAUGACUGGAUUUGGAAAUGCUGGAGCACAAUCAUUGUUUCCAGGAUUGUCGGAUAAUUGUGGUUCCCAUCAAUUCUUCACCGGACUCGAUCUCACAACUACUGCCAAUGUGUUCGCAUCAACAGGAAGCUACGCGGCAAGCCCACGAUACAAUAUGCCAAUUGCUGAGGGUACAAAAGUCGAGAACGCGCCGGCGCACAUCUCGAUCACCGAUGAGGAAUUGUAUGAAGCGCUCAAUAUUUCUCCAAUCGUGCCUACUACAAGUACAAACAACCAUCACAGGCAAAAUUCCAAAGACUUUUUCCCAUCAUAUUCGCCAAUGGACGGAAACAUGCUUGCAGCUUCCAGCGACUAUUGCUAUCCGUCAACGUCGUCGCUGGAGCAGGCGAUGACGCCGUUUGAGAACCACGCGAUGUACUUGCCGCCGGACAUGAUCUCGCUUGGUCCGAGUCCAAUGCGUGAGCUGGCGUCGCCAACGUUUUCCGUCCAUUCGUUCGCUCCAACAACGUCAACAACAAAUGCCGAAGAGGAAGAUCUUGAGGUUGAGCUCAUCAAUACGGCAAUUUGCGAGCCGCAACGCGAGCUACCCGAAGGCAUUGAAAUUUUUUUGCGCGCCGGCACGUCGGACAAUGAAUUCCGGUCGUCAGAGUGUACUACCUAUUCGGAAAGCAGCGGCAGCAAUCCGACGCCAUCGGAACGACCGGCGUACGCCAAAAAAUUAUCGGCGUCGGUGCAGAAAACGAAUUCAGUCGAUAUCCCUCCAAGCGUCACAUCGCCAUUGUUCCUGCAAACGUCUCUUGAUCCGACAGGCUUCACACCUCUGUUGACGCCAAAAUCCAACGAGCUUCUGCAGAAGAAACUGAGCGAAGCGACUGCUUAUCCACAUUUUGAAUCAAAUAUUACACCUCGUAGGGAACCAUAUCAAAUUUCAGAUUGUCUUCUGUUCAAGAAGCCCCUGCUGCCUGCGAGAAUCGAACAGAAGUACAAGGAUUGUCAAGCAGAGCCAAUUGCAAUUGAAAGACUUUGUGAUUAUUUCAAUUUCACUGCUGAUCAGAAACGAAUCGACGCCCCUGAACGAAAAAGGGCGCAUCGUCAUAAUCAACUUCCUAGGGAUAUUCAUCCUGUUGCAGAAGAGGUUCCAGUCUUUUCAGAUUUGGAAUUUGAAGAGAGCCAAGUCGGCAAGCUCACACUAGCGCAGCUGCCUGAUUGUUUGCCGCCAAAACCGGCGCAAUCGCCAGAUUGUUGCAUUUCUCAGCAAUCCACACGACCGCCAACAAAAAAACUUUGCGUUCCGGUAGCUACCAUGGAUGCUAAAAAGCCUGACGACAAUGUUGUCGAUGAUUGGGAGACAGCUGAUGAUGAAGAGCUGACGUCAAGAAUGGAGAAGCUACUUCAUGACGUAAAACAGAAUGACAAACGAACGGAGGAGAUUCGAAAGAUGGAAAGCGUUCCAUCAACAUCCGACUGGGAUCCAAAUAAGUUGCCGAAUGUUAUUGAGGUCUACGGAAUUCCGGACUACAAAAUGCAAGAUGAUGUUGUGCGUGCAUUAGAAUCGAUUGGGUAUGGCGACGCGAAGCUGAAGUGGAUUGAGCGCAAGAUUGUUUUAGCCUCUUUUGAUAGCAAUAAUCGAGCCAAGCAAUGCAUUAAUGUGAUGAAUCAUGAAUGGCUGAGAUUCAGAGCUUUAAAGUAUUCACCGAAGUGCGUUCAGGAGGCUGCGAUUGCCAAUGCGGCGACAUUGACGGCACCAAAAAAGCGAGCGCAGACGAAUGCUUCGGUCGCUCGCCGAAUGGUUGAAAACAUAUUGGGACAGAAAUCAAAUGUAUCAGCGGACAAACGGCGUGAAGAGCGUAAGCAGAUUGCGGACGCGAGAGCCGCCAAGAAGAAUAUUGUGCAGUGGGACUGA